AAUAACAAUGACGAUAAUUAGUGGCAAUUAACAUGCGCAUUGGGCGCCAUUACCUCUCCCUCAACCAGCCAGCCGUUAAAAGCGAGCACGAGAGUUUUGUUAUUGUAAGAAUUACCUGAAGUACUUAAAGAAAAGAGCUUAGGUUAGAAAAUGAACAACUCACUGUGUUAUGUGAGUGAUUUCCUCGUAGACCAAACUCCAAUCCACGGAGGGUAUAAUAUAGGGCCUCUCGUCGCUUUCGAAUUCAAACGUGUAUCGGUGUGGAAGUGGCAACCCGUGUAGAGUGAAAGUCCCCCUGUUACGAUAAUUUUAUUUUCAGAACGGGGUGCUUUUGUGAAAGGUAACGGCAGUGAAGCUGAUUUGCCCCGCUCCCUUGAACUACUGUGAUUUCAACCGAGUGCAGCAGAAUUGAGUCAGUUAAGCGUAAAGAUAUUUCAUCUAUUCUUCCUUUCCAUUGGGUUGAUUCUAGCUUCACGAAUCUUUGCCCCUUUCGUGUGUAAUUGGACCUGCUAUUCAGCCGGCCCAUGUGGUCAGCCCUUUGUUUCUUUAAUAACAUGACUGACAGCCGUGACAUUGAUUGACACUGUCGCCAUGGUGACCGGCCAACAAAUUGCCUCUAAGCCAAUCGAAAACCAUUUAUCCAACAAAUGCUGCGCAUGAUAGUGGCGAUAAUAUGGGCUGUGUCACAAACCAGGCUGAUAAAAACUGACACAUAUCGGAGCGUACAGCCACACCCCGGUGUUUAACGCUAAUGGUGUGUUGUUGGGUGGUGUGUGUCGUGGACUGAACUACGUGAAAGUAGAACUGGAGGCGCUAAAGCAGUGAGUGCCACAGUGUCUAGUGUCUGUGCUUACAGUGACGACGGGACGACCAAAUGCUCGGCUCAAUGUUUCCGCUACCUACUCUCCCGACGCUGAGUUUCACCCCGGCUCAGAUCGCCAGCGUCUGCGAGACGUUGGAAGAGAGCGGGGACAUCGAUAGACUGGCCAGGUUUCUCUGGUCUCUACCCGUGGCGCCGGGAACAUGCGAGGCCCUCAAUAAGAAUGAGAGCGUGCUACGAGCGAGAUCGGUGGUGUCUUUCCACCAGGGGAAUUUCAGAGAACUGUAUCACAUACUUGAGAACCAUAGAUUCACCAAGGAAUCGCAUGCGAAAUUGCAAGCCAUGUGGCUGGAGGCUCACUACCAAGAAGCCGAAAAACUCAGAGGGAGACCGCUUGGUCCGGUGGACAAGUACCGUGUGCGCAAGAAGUUUCCCCUGCCCAGAACGAUAUGGGACGGUGAGCAAAAGACACACUGCUUCAAGGAGAGGACACGGAGUCUCCUACGAGAGUGGUAUCUUCAAGAUCCUUAUCCUAACCCAACUAAGAAAAGAGAACUGGCUCAUGCCACGGGACUGACACCUACACAAGUUGGCAAUUGGUUCAAGAAUAGACGUCAAAGAGACAGGGCGGCAGCGGCCAAAAACAGAAUGCAACAACAGCAGCAACAGCAUCAAGCUAUUCAGAUAUCUAGUGGCAACUCCAACAGUGGCUCGUCACCGAUUCACCGCCUCUCACUGUCCGAGGGAACCACAACUCUUCCCGGGGACGAGUCACCGGACAGCGGGUCGCCGAGCGUCAGCCCAAUCGGCUCGCCCCUAAUGCAUCGCAGCAUCAGCCCGGGUCCAACGCACUGACGAAUAUCUCCCGCACUUUUAAGGACUGGUUAUUGUGUGCCGGGUGCCGAACCCCGUCCCGUUCCAGACCCUAAACGCGUGACAGAACUCUUAAACACUCCAUGGACCGUGUAUUUAUCCGUGACUCCUCUCCGACGACCAGACAAGGUUUACGAUGAUGGCGAAACGGGCUAGAGAGAAAGUGCGAACUCUGUAUUCCUCGGGUAUACGAGCACCCAAUCAAUAAUCCGUUUAGUCAUACCUGGCAAUGACGCUGUUAUGCACCCAGGCCAGAGGAGAAGUGCAGAAAACUCAAAUAAAAAGACCCGACAGAUCGACCCGAGGUUUUUAAGUCGUUUGUUCGUCCCCUAUCGUUGAAGGAAAACGAUUCCUGUGAACGAGGAGCAUCCAUGGAUGUGUAAAUGUGGAUGGCGUGCACCCUUCGAGAAGUUGAAAGCCCGGGGAAAACUCCGCCAACGAUCGGCGUGGAACUUGUUCUAUAGAUAUUGAAUAUCACUUUUCAUAUUUGAUGAUAUGAACUCAUCCCAAGUUAUUCAUGCUCUCAUUUAUGUUAUUGUCUGACUCAGCAUUAAAUUGUAUACCAUAUACAUUGUAGGCCUACGUGUGUGUGUUACAAUACUUACAAACCGUAACUGCAUCUGCGGUAUUAGUGAAUUAUUUUGUUGUGAAAACAUACUUUUUCAUAUGGAAUAGUUAUAGCCUAUUAUUUCUGGUGUUGUCUUACAGUCUGCCCAAGAACGAAUCACUUGAACAAGUAAAACUAGAAAAUAUGUACACUUCACACCGACUUCAUUUUAUAUUGUUAAAUUGACUUAGGUUGUAAGCUUGAUUGGGUAUCGUGACAGUUCCGAGUUAUUGUGAGCGUGUGAAUGUAGAAAAAAACAAAAACAGUCAAACUGUUUUCUUUAUAUUUUUGCUUAUUGGGACAAAAGUUCCAUAGUUUUAAUUUUUUUUUAACUUGUCUAAUAUAUUAUUAUUUGCUCCAUUUGUAUUGAUUUGCCGAAUGGGUUCAUUUUGUGGCUGUUGCUAUUAAAAAGGGGAAACUCGUGGAAGAUAGGACAGCCCAAUACAGUUCUAACAAGAUUUUAGUGAUUCUUCUACUCUCUUUUAAAGUAUAAUUUACUUUGAACCAUUUGAACCACUUGUAUUCAAUCAUCUUGUAGGCAGUCUUUGUUUACGCUUUUAGGGGAUGGAGGGCAAACAAAAAGGGGUACAGAAUCAAUGUUUGUGGGCCUAUACAUGACUUUUGAAUUAUUUUCUUCUUGUACUCGAAACGAACAAAUCGCAACUUUUGAGACAUACAAAGACCUGUAAGAAUAUCAGUAAAAGAUGCGAAUAGUGUUGCAUGAUCUUGUUGUACUCAAAACAAACAAAUCGGAACAUUUGAUAAAUACAACGACCAGUAAGAAUAUGAGUAAAAGAUGUGAAUAGUGUUGCAUGAUCUUACAAAACAGUCACUAGUUUGGGAUACACUAACUUGUUGUUAUUAAACCACACCUCCGUGUAGUGAACAAAACAAUUCACAAUAAUGCAUCAUAGUCAGAGUAGUUAUCGUUUAUGUCAGAGAAAUAUUAUGUACAAAGACUUUUAUUUGUAUACACUGUGGAGUUAGCAUUUCUGGUUAUAGACCAUAGGUUGGUUUGCUGAGAUUCUUUGAAAGUGUCAAAUAAGUGAAAUAAUGGGCUAAAAUAACAUGUGGUAAGGAAAAUCAGACACAGUUGGUAACCUGGAUACAAUUAUUACAGGACUUUUCAAACCAAUCUUCCUACUAAACAUGGUUAUUUUGUUGUUUAACAACAAUUACUAUUCAUAGUAAUGUAGGCAGCCGUUGAAACUCCAAUCAGUUCUGCCAAAUAGACCUACAACUUCAAAAUUGUAAUUCUACGCAUUCCAUUGAUUGGAUGGAAAGAAAGCACAGUGUUGUCGGUCAUUCAUUGGUUGCUUGCUUUAGUUGAUGACGCAUAAUGUUUCUGUAAAUUUUAUUUAUUUAUUAAUUGUUCGUUGGGAAUCGGGGGUUGAGGUUAUACAACAAUCCCCGUAAACCCUUUACGCGUCAAGCGAAUAACUUGAUUCCUUCACUCCAAUCAGUUUUACUCUAAGCAUUAUUAGGUCGGGUCUAAUGAUCACAUCGUUAUCCUAGUGCAUUAUAAUGUAAUUCUACAAUUCCCUUAUACCUUUCUAAUAAUUGUCUCUGUUUCGUCUUCUGGGGGUCAUGUACAUAAAAGAAAAGAUCUGUUGUUGACAUAUUAUGUAGCACACACUUAUACGGAUGACAGGAGGAAUUUGUGUUUUUUUCUUUUCUAUUUUUUAAAUUGUUCAUGUGUUUCACAUCUCACUUGCCAUUCACUGUGUAGUGUUGUGCCCGCUGGCGUUCCGGGGCUUCUAAUGAACUGGGAUCAAAUAAUACAUGAUGUUCUGAAGAUGUUUCAUAAAUAAAUCAUAUCUGAAAGAGAAAGAUGAAACUUCACUUGUAUGUCAAAGUUAUUUCUUUUGCGGUUUACUUUUGUACCAUUUUGUCCAUCGGUACAAUAGUGUUUUGGGAGUAAAGGACCAGACUAAAUCCGUUCA